CACCAUUCCGCCUCUUACUCGCGGAUGAAUCGGCACUUGUUGAAUGGCGUCCGUUACUUUACUUGCAGGUGCAACGGUGCAAUUGCAAUUAUCGUGUCGCAUUCCGAUCUCCGAUCAUUGCACUCCCACUCUCACGUGCGUUGUUUUGGUAUUCCGUUUACCGACCAUGUGACCGAUUCGCGAGUGCCCUUUUCGUUUUACCUUUAUAAUCGUGUGUGCAAUUGUCAUCAAUCUGUGAAUUCAUGAAAAAUAGCUAAUUUUACCAUCUACAAGUUAAACGUAUUACCAUCAUCGGCUGUCAUGUAUUUCCUCGUGAAGUUUAAAGAGGGAGAAACUGAGGUCGUGAACGCUACCACCCAUGUGAAAGACUUCAAGAAAUCCAUUAAGUAUCGAGCAGGGGAUACAAUCCGCGUCUUCUGGUCACCUAAGGAAAGCUACACUCCCAACGAUGUCCGAAAAAAGCAAGGACACAUUUUGGAUAUUGACCAGACUGUCUCAUCAAUUGCCUCCGUCAAGAAGUCGAAAGCAGGGAUCAGCGACUCAGAUAUAGAUGAGCAGGACCUUGACUCGAAAACAGGCUACUACGAGGCAGAGCUGCUGCAGAUGGAAGAUACUGAAGAUAAGCUUUUAGAGCAGAUUGAGAGAAAAAGAAUACGUCAACAGUCUGCGAAGCUAAAGGAGGCGAGCGAGAGUGGGCGGAUUUUGAAAGCGAAGUCAAUUAAUAAAUCAUCGAAGAAAACAAACAAUGAAGCGGAACCUAAGAAAGCUGAAUUGAAGAGGCUGAGAGAAUCUUCAUCCCAUGCCAACAUUGAUAAUCUCCUGGGAGAAUGCAGCCAAAGCAAAAAGAAGAAAAUUGUGGCAUUGGCUCCCUCAUCGUCAUCGGAUAGUGGGGAUGAUGUCAUCCUGAAAGGUGAUCUAAAGCAAGUAGAAAAAGAGAGGGAUAAGUGGAAGAAAAGUUGGACCGACGAGAAAACAAAAAACAUUGCUUUAUCAUCUAAAAUAGAGCUCCUUGAAGAGCAACUAAGGACAGCGACAGAAGAAAACAUCAAAUUGAAAGUUGACCUCACCCUUGCAACAAGGAAUCAAAGCACAGUCAUGUCCCCUUUUAAAGUUUCAUCUCCCCUGCGCCAGUCUCCUCGACUGAAAGCCCAGGCUGAAAAGAAGGCAACUACUCCGACAUCCUCAUCAGUCCAUGUGAAGAAAAUAGACUUCGGAACAGAAGAUGGUGUCUCUGAAGCAGCUGUCAAUAGAACAGAAGACGAUGUCCCUGAAGCAGCUGUCGAUAAACAGAAAAUACAGAUGGAAGUCAAUAUUGAUGCAACAACCUCCGCUGAGACAGAAAUCCCUCUUGCAAAGCAAAGUGCAGUUGAAAAGGAAUUCAAAAUAACUGAGGAGCAAUAUGCGUCAAUAAAGAACGGAGUCACCAAAGGAUCCGCUGGAGACUCGCUUUUUGUGAAAAACUUGGCUGUGGCUGUGUUCACUACAGACGUCCUCAUGGUGUCCUCCGUGACGGGCAGUGAGUGCCUUGCCAGAAAGAAUAAGGAGGACAAAGAGCCGCCCAAAGAAAAACUGCCAGAAAAAGGCCUGCAAUUAGUGAAAGAAUUGUUUAUGAAACGUGCCGUGGAAGAGGGGUAUGACGUCACCUCUUCCGAUUACAGAACCAGGGAAAAGAAAGUCCACUCUUACAUCGGGAAGAAAAUUUCCACGCUCAUGAGAAGUUCAAAGAAGAAGUAGAGAGCACCCUGACGUGAUAUGUUU